AUGGCGCCAAGUCAAAUCAUAGCAUGGCUAUUGUACUGCAAACUUUCUUUGGAAGUUUCAUUCUUCUUCUACUUGUGUCUUGGUGAAGAAGCUGGUGCUCUUGUUCAUAUUGUUUCCAUCCUUGAUCCUCUUCAUGAAACAUUGUCAAUGCUACCGCCAGUGUUACAUGGAGGACCUUUAACAAUACGUGAUUCGUCAAGAGAUUCAAAACCUGAGUUUACUAUGAUUGGUCAUCAUUUUGAAAAUGCGAAAGACUUUAAGGAUGCAUUGUGUGACUUUGCCGUUAAAUGCAAUUUCAUCUUUCGGUUCAUAAAAAAAGAUAGAGAUAGAGUGACUGUGACAUGUGCUGAUGAAGAUUGUCAAUGGCAUGUUUAUGUCUCAAGAGACAGAAACCUCCCUACAUUUAGGAUUAAAACAGCACAACAUGAACACACAUGUGGUGGGGGCAUCAACACAACAUUUCACCCUAGAGCAUCAAAGAAAUGGGUUAGUGGGAAGGUAAUAAUGAAAUUACGUGAUCGGCCUCUAUACCGAGCAGUGGAUAUACAACGAGAUAUAUUACGUGACCACUGUGUUUCCAAAGUUUCUGAAACUAACCCAGGUAGCAUCAUUAUUAUCGACACUGAUGGAGAACAAUUCAAGCGUGGGUUUUUCUGUUUUCAUGCUUCUCUUGAUGGUUUCAAGCGGGGUUAUAGGCCUAUGCUUUUUCUAGAUGGAACUCACUUGUUGGGCAAAUAUGGCGGUAUCCUUCUGGGUGCAACAACCGAAGAUGACAAUGAAGAAUUUUUUCAUUUAGCGUUUGCUAUCGUGGAUAAUGAAACCGAUGAUAACUGGACAUGGUUUACAUUAACUUUGGGUGAUGCAAUAUACGGUGAUGACGACUACACCAACAUUAUCACAUUCAUCUCCGAUCGGUCAAAAGGACUUGUAAAUGCUAUUGAGAAGGUUUUUCCUUUCCGCCCCUCAUGCUUAUUGCUUGCAACAUCUACAUGCAAAUUUUCUUAA